UCUCCACUGCCAAGCUUACAUUCUAAUGGGAACAUACAGCACGUAGACAGAUAAGUAAAUGCCAGAUAAUUUGAGGAAGAGAAAAGAACUAAAAAAAACUAGGAUGAUCAGGAAAGCCUUUCUAGGAGGUGAGCCCUGAACUCUCCUUUGAAAGUAUUGAAAAAGCUGGCGCUAUGCAGGAGGAAACCACAGGCCAUGCCAAGAAAAAGUCUGUCUAAGCAGAUGCUACACUCUGAAGAUGGCGGAACCCGAUUAGAAGUUUGCUGUAAUAUUCCAGGAGAGAAAGAAUAUAGAUCUGAACCAGGAACAAGGACAGGGCUUUUCUGGCCUGUGUCUCGAGCUUCCCUCCCUGCCCUAGCUUCUACCCAGGCUCGUUCAGUCGCGUUCAGUGACCCUGCUUAAGCCUCCUGCCUGUGGGGGUGGAGUCAGAGGUGUGGUCUAGAGGAUCUGUGAACCUUUCUUUCUGGCUUUGGAUAACAGUGAGGAGCAGGUGGCAUCCAGACAACAGGAGAAGGUGAUCUUGGUUUUCCAGCUACCUUCCUCAGAGACAGAGACAGAGACAGAGAACAGGAUGCUGCCUGAUUUGAAGUGGCUGUCUCAUCAGCUGGGCUUGCCAGGAUUUGAACCUAGAGUUUCCUCAACCUUGGUCCUUAUCUUCCUGGCAUUUAGCACCUGGAUCUUGGCCAAAGGCCUGAACUGCAUCUACAAAUUCUACAUCAACUGCCGACGGCUUCGAUGCUUCCCUGAACCCCUCUUAAUGCACUGGCUUACUGGCCAUGCAGGACUGAUCACACCCUCUGAGGAAGGUAUAAAGCAUAUUCUUCAAUUUGUGGCCACUUUCAGGGAGGUCUUUCUAACAUGGGGUGGACCCUUCUACCCAAUUAUUUUCAUCUGCCACCCGGACUACAUCAAGCCUGUCACAUCAGCUUCAGCCAAUAUCGCACCGAAGGACAAGCUUUUCUAUGGAUUCUUCGAGCCUUGGCUGGGAGAUGGGCUGCUCCUGAGCAGAGGAGACAAAUGGAGCCGGCACCGGCGCCUGCUGACCCCAGCUUUUCACUUUGACAUCCUCAAGCCCUACAUAAAGAUCUUCAACAAGUCCACAGACAUUAUGCAUAUGAAAUGGAGGCAUCUGUGUGUUGGGGGCAGCACAUCCCUGAACAUGUUUGAGCACAUCAGCCUCAUGACCCUGGACAGUUUGCAGAAAUGUGUCUUCAGCCAUGACAGCCUCUGUCAGGAGAAACCAAGUCCUUACAUCUCUGCCAUCCUGGAGUUAAGUGCCCUUGUGGCAAAACGCAACAACCAGCCACUCUUCUACUGGGAUGCUCUAUACUACCUCACCAGCCAGGGGAGGCACUUCUCAAGGGCAUGUCACAUAGUGCACAGCUUCACAGAUGCUGUCAUCCAGACCCGGCGCCAAGUCCUUGCUGAGCAAGGUUCUGAGGCCUUUCUGAGGAAUAAGGGCAAAGGAAAGACCAUGGACUUCAUAGAUGUUCUGCUACUGGCCAAGGAUGAAGAUGGGAAGUCGCUGUCAGACAAGGACAUUCGGGCAGAGGCUGACACCUUCAUGUUUGAGGGGCACGACACAACUGCAAGUGGCCUCUCUUGGACCUUCUACAACCUGGCGCAGCACCAAGAAUACCAGGACCGCUGCCGUCAGGAGAUACAGGAGCUCCUGAGGGGGCGUCAGCCAGAGGAGAUUGAAUGGGAUGACCUGUCCCAGAUGCCUUUCCUGACCAUGUGUAUCAAGGAGAGCUUGAGGAUGCACCCGCCAGUUUUUGCUAUUGCUCGCCGCUGCACCAAGGAUAUCCAGCUACCUGAUGGGCGCAUCAUUCCUGAAGGAAACACUUGUCUCAUCAGCAUUCUUGGAACUCACCACAACCCAGCUGUGUGGCCCAAACCUGAGGUCUACAACCCAUACCGCUUUGAUGUCAAUAACUCCCAGAAGAUGUCACCCCUGGCAUUUAUGCCCUUCUCAGCUGGACCCAGGAACUGCAUUGGCCAGAGCUUUGCCAUGUCUGAGAUGAAGGUUGUGGUGGCCCUCACCCUACUGAGAUUCCGAAUCCUCCCUGAUGAACGGCCGGUCCGAAGACAGCCAGAAGUGAUCCUCAGGGCAGAGGGUGGGCUGUGGCUGAAGGUGGAGGCACUGCAGCAUCCUUCCAUCCCUGAGACACACUCCCCAGAAGUCCCCUAGGAUUGAUGGAUGGGAAUUCCCUCAGGUCUGGGACAUAGAGGCUUGGAGACUGACUGUCCUUCCAGUUACCUUUGUCUUGGUUGUGAGUCGUCUGAAUAAAAGCACUUUUACACGUUGUA